CAGGAAAUGACACCCCGUUUGAUCAAGAACUAGAAACAAUGACCUAGAAUCUGUCACGUCUGCGAAAGUGGGUCGAGCAUCGUGCUUCGUCACACCUAAAGGUAAUGUGGUUUAGAGAGCAGGAUCAAAGGUGACAACGGCAGCAGCGAUCACAAUAAAGGUCCCCAGGGAUGACUUUGCUUUGUCAUUCACACAACUGAACCUGAGAACCGGAGAACCUCGAAAUCGACGAUUCGAAGAAGCCACGAAAAAGAAUGUUUUGGUCGUCGAACGCCGCCAUCAUGAUGGUGAUGAUGAUGAUGGUGGACGCGGGCAGUCUGUCCACACGCUCAGCAGUGAAACACAGACGACACUCGGGUCCGAGGAUAGAAACGGUCCCCCUGCAGCUGAACCCGAGCCUCUUGGCUCCUCCCAGAACGUUCCGGCCGCUGCAAAACGACUCCAUAUCGCCGUGGACUUACAACUACUCCCAGGAGGCCGCGGUGUUCCCGCCCGUGUCGGAGGCUCGCUGCCUGUUGCGAGGCUGCCUGGACUCCAACGGCGUGGAGGAUCUGAAUCUGAAGUCGGCCCCCAUCCUGCAUCAGGUGCUGCUGCUACAUCGCCUCAAGUCGGAGGGGGCGGAGCCAGGUUACCACUACCGCUUGGAGCCCCGUGUCAUCGCCGUGGGUUGUACGUGCGUCCGCGACUCUGUCCGACAGCAGGAAUAGUGACUACAUCAUGUCUCCCCUUCAAUAAAAUGAUCGCAGUCUUUCAUUAAUAGGACAUAUUUUAUAUAAAACAGGUAUUAUACCCUGUACUUAUUUAUUACAUAAAAUAUUUUUGUCAACUUUUAAUUUAUUACUGUACAGGAAGUGAGCUGCUAUGACGCAGUAUAUAAGCUCUGCUUCUUCCUACUCCUUU